GUGAAUUUGAAGUCCCUUGUCACUUGUCAGCACUAGCUAGCUUCCACUCGAACUGAAAAACCUCAAAAAAGCAAAAAACAGUCCCACUCCAUUCACAAGCAAAUCACAACAUAAGUCACCACUGUUCUUCUUCUAUCAGAGUUUUCCCGCCUAUAUAAAUCCACACUCGCAAUGCUUUCUCAUCGAUUACAAUUCCAUCUCCUCUCUCAAAAUCCCAAAAAAGCCUUUACCUUUUCCCCUCCUUCUCGCUCCAAUCCUCACUCUUUCCUUCACUUCUCGCCAAACACAACCAAUCUCUCCUUUCCUGGACUAAAAAUCAAAACCCACUUGAAUUCCGCCAUGACUUCGAAUUCUAAUCAAUCCAACCCUCUCCAAUUAGACCUCACUGAAGCAGACAUUGAUGGCUUCUCUGAUGUAGCCAACAAGCUUGCUGAUGCCUCUGGUGAAGUGAUUAGAAAGUAUUUUAGAAAGAAAUUUGAAAUUCUUGACAAAGAGGAUUUGAGUCCUGUUACUAUAGCUGAUAAAGCAGCGGAGGAAGCUAUGAUUUCAAUUAUACUAGAGAAUUUUCCUUCUCAUGCAAUUUUCGGGGAGGAGAAUGGGUGGAGGUGUAAAGAGGAGUUUUCAGAUUUCGUUUGGGUUUUGGAUCCGAUAGAUGGGACCAAGAGUUUUAUUACUGGUAAACCUUUGUUUGGUACACUCAUUGCUUUGCUAUAUAAGGGUAAACCGAUUCUUGGCAUAAUUGAUCAGCCUGUACUAAGGGAACGAUGGAUUGGCUUAAAUGGAAGGAGAACGACAUUGAAUGGAGAGGAAAUAUCUACACGGGCUUGUGCCAAACUGUCACAAGCAUAUUUGUAUACCACUAGCCCACAUCUGUUCAGUGGGGAUGCUGUAGAAGCUUUUGCUCGUGUUAGAAGCAAGGUGAAAGUGCCAUUAUAUGGCUGUGACUGUUAUGCUUAUGCUCUUUUGGCUUCUGGAUAUGUAGACCUCGUUAUCGAGUCUGGUCUCAAGCCCUACGAUUUCCUUGCCCUGAUACCUGUGAUAGAGGGAGCUGGAGGCAUUAUAACAGACUGGAAAGGACACCACCUCUUCUGGGAGGCUUCUCCAGAUUCUCGUGCAACAAGUUUCAAUGUAGUGGCGGCUGGAGAUAAACAAAUUCACCAACAAGCUCUAGAUGCAUUACAAUGGCAUUGAAAAUUUGCACCCGAUUCUUACCUCCAAUGUAACAAUGUCUGCUCUUGUGGUUCAAAUAUUUACUAUUUUAGAAACAGACCCCCUUGGGGAGCUAAUUCGACUAGUACAAGUGAACUAGUUUUAUUUACAUCUCAUCAAUAAUAAAUCUACUUUUCUGUUUA